CUCAUCUGCUCUGGACCCGUUGACGGAUUGGCGAUGGCAGCCACCGAGAAAAAUCGGACGAAUUACUCCAAUGUUGAUGUGUGAGGCGUUAAGAGCAAACGCUGACCGUUUUUCUUGACACGUCGGCGGAAGAAGACUCCUGACAAACUCGUCUGUGACUUUGCUGUCUCCGCCACAGUCAAGUCUGCUGCUGCUGUCUGUCGGCCUGCCAGUCAUUCACUCGCUCGAAUCUCAAAACUUGAAACCGACACACGGCACACGGCAGCGGGCGCAAGAAAAGGCAAGCUGGGCUCAUGAGACCCUUCCCUCAAGUCAUUCAUCCGCCAGCCUGCCUCGCUCGCCCCGGAAUUGAAACUGGAUGUUUGCACUCAAGAGGAGUUUGUUGUUCCCCCACUAAACAAGAGGCCCCCCAUCCUUACUCAUCCAGUCUUCCACAUCCUCAGAGCCUUCGAGAGAAGACAAAAGUUUCACGCAGAUUUCCACGGGUGACUGCUGAGUGCCUUGCCAUCCGCCAGUGGGCCUGCUGGUGUGUUUUUGCCAUGGCUACCAACAGGGAACAGCAGGUGGGCCACAUGACAGGUUUCCCACCUGCUGUUUACCCCUUCGCCUUCAACUCCAUGAGAAGCCACUCUCCCUUUGACCUGCUGGCAAACAGUAACCUUUUCGGGAGAUUCGGUGCCGACCUGCCCAAAGAGAUGGCUGCACUCUCAGUGGAGACACAGAGCACCAGCUCAGAGGAGAUGGUACCCAGUUCUCCAUCUCCACCUCCCCCACCUCGUGUCUACAAGCCCUGCUUUGUGUGCCAGGACAAGUCCUCAGGGUAUCACUAUGGGGUCAGCUCCUGUGAGGGUUGCAAGGGUUUCUUCCGUCGCAGUAUCCAGAAGAACAUGGUGUACACCUGCCACCGAGACAAGAACUGUCAGAUCAACAAGGUCACACGCAACCGCUGCCAAUACUGCAGGCUGCAGAAGUGCUUUGAGGUUGGCAUGUCCAAGGAAGCGGUACGCAAUGACAGAAACAAGAAGAAGAAAGACGUGAAGGAAGAGGUGGUGCUCCCAGAGAGCUAUGAGCUCAGCGGAGAGCUUGAGGAGCUUGUCAAUAAAGUCAGCAAAGCUCAUCAAGAAACCUUCCCGUCACUUUGCCAACUGGGGAAAUACACCACCAACUCUAGCUCUGACCACCGUGUCCAGCUUGAUCUGGGUCUGUGGGACAAGUUCAGCGAGCUCUCUACCAAAUGCAUCAUCAAAAUUGUGGAGUUUGCCAAACGGUUGCCAGGAUUUACCAGCCUCACCAUCGCUGACCAGAUCACCCUUCUUAAGUCUGCCUGCCUGGACAUUCUGAUGCUUCGGAUCUGCACACGCUACACUCCAGAACAGGACACAAUGACCUUCUCUGAUGGCCUGACUCUGAAUCGGACUCAAAUGCACAACGCUGGUUUUGGACCGCUGACUGACCUGGUGUUUGCCUUUGCCGGCCAGCUUUUACCUCUGGAGAUGGACGACACCGAAACCGGCCUCCUCAGCGCCAUCUGCCUCAUUUGUGGAGAUCGCAUGGAUCUGGAGGAGCCCCAGAAAGUGGAUAAGCUGCAAGAGCCUCUACUUGAGGCUUUAAAGAUUUACGCCCGCCGCCGUCGCCCCAACAAGCCUCAUAUGUUCCCCCGCAUGCUCAUGAAGAUUACCGACCUCAGGGGCAUCAGCACCAAGGGUGCAGAGAGAGCCAUCACUCUAAAGAUGGAAAUCCCAGGCCCGAUGCCUCCUCUGAUCAGGGAGAUGCUGGAGAACCCGGAGGCUUUCGAGGACCAAACAGAGCGCAACGACAGCCCGCCGCCGCUACCCUCGCAGCCACCUCUGCCCCCCGCCCUCGUGCUGAAGCAGGAGGCCGAGGACGAGGAUGACAGCUGGGCCGCAGAGAACGGCAGCGAGCCGUCACCUGAGGAUGAGGAGGAGGACGACGAUGAUGACGUGGGUGAUGAAGAGAGAGACAGGGUCUCGGACAGCGAUGGCGAGCAGUGGGGGGUUUUGAAUGCCAUCGAUUUAGAUGGCAACAGGAAAGGCCUUGUAGGGAGGGCGCAGUGAACAACCCAUUUCAUACACAUGCACUGAUUUAUGACACCCACACAAACACACUCGUGCGCGCGCACACACACACACACACACACACAGAUCAACUCCAUCUCUCACCUCAAUAAAAUGCCGGCCUUCUCAAAACAUCUUGAUGUCCUCCAGUGGAGCCUUAUGAGA